GUCACAACCUGAGCCCUCAGGAAGGGCUGCCGGAUUCAGCGCAUGAAAAUGAACGAAUUAAGCGCGCAGCCGAAUUUCAAUCUCGGUAAACAACGCAUGGUUUUAAACAGAAGUCGGUCCCAAGUACCGUAAGGGACACACCCGCGCAGGGCAGCUCCCAGCGGUCGUCAGGUCUGGUAGCCCCGUCCCACCUCUUUGUCUCCGCAGAGAACAGAGAGCCCGGCUGCGGCGCGCCGCGGCCCCAAAGGCCCAUCCGUCGGAAAUGGAAAAGCACAUUUCAAAUGCUUGGGAAAGAAGUGUGCCUCUCAGUUCAUUCGAUGUACCCUGGCCCCCAUGCUGUUCUGCGAGAGCCCAUCUGCUGCGAGUGCCAGACCAAAUUUGGGGGCCGCCUGCCUGUUCCCAGGGCCGAGGCAGCACUGCCUUACUGGGUCCCUCUGUCCCUGAGACCCCCAAAACAGAGCCAAAAGAUGGUCCGGUUUUAUAUCCCCAACACCACUAAGGCGUGCCCCUGCCUGUGCCACCACUUUGGGGGCCGCCUCCCGGUGCCUAGGGAUCAGGCAGUGAUGCCCUACUGGGUGCCCCAGGUCCUGAGGUCGCAGAAGAAGAUGGUGAAAAGACAGCAGACUUUCACAGGCGUCCAAGAAACCCCCUUGGACUUGCACUCCUGUUACAACCGCUGGCAGGUCUGCUGCAAUGAGGGCCUCCUGCUGAAGUGGCAGCAGCUCCAGGCCCUUCACCAGGAUGAGCCACUGGCCCUGGGGAGGGGAGCCAGCUCUCCGGCCUCCCUCCUGUCCCUUGGCCUCAGCCUUCUGACCCUCCUUCAGGCCAUCCUGAGGGUCAUUGAGGCCAUUCG